UUCUUAAUAAAAGACAGCAUCCUCCUCUUAAGGUAUCAUUCGCUUGCUGAACUUGCCUCUCCUUCUCAGAGUGCUGGAAUCUGAAAGAUAUUCAUCAUGGCAAGCAAGAUGGUGAUUCAACAGCCUAAGCCAUUGGUAGUGGCUGCCGCAUCAGACCAGUGGAGCACCAGCAUCUGUGAAUGUGACAACGUCAAUGAAUGUUGUUUCUCUGUGUGGUGUUUCCCUUGCUUUGCCUGCAUUACAGCCAGAGACCACGGAGAAUGUCUUUGUCUCCCUCUCUUGGAUAGCUGCGGGUGUAUUCCCCCAAUCACUCUCUCCAUGAGGGUUUCCACACGCAGACGCUAUGGCAUCACGGACUCUAUCUGCAAUGACUGUGUGUACUCUUACUUCUGUGGACCGUGCUCAUGGUGCCAGAUCAGACGAGAGAUGAAGACAAGACUCCAUCCUGUCACUCUGUUCAACAACAGGCCGACCUAAAGAUCGUCAUUAUCUUCCUCACCUUCAUCAUUUUCACAGUACUUUCUCUAAAGCGCUCUUUGUCCUUAUCGGAUCACGGUCAUGUCAGUCCUAAAAACAAAGACUUGCUUGUUCUGUGGUUGUAAUCACAGUUUUUGAUCUUCCUCUCACAAACACUGAUCUGAGCAAAUGACAUUGUAGUGGAGUGUGUUUUACAUAUUGUUGGUGGACAGCUUUAAUCCAAGAAGUGAGGAAUUCUGAACAGAGGAUUCACAGAUUUGUAAAAAAAAAAAAAAAAAAAAAGUAAAAUUGUAAAAUGCAGAUUUGGGAAUAUGUUUAGUGUCACUAUUUUAGUUUAUUCUUAAUUAUAUUCAUUAUAGAUUUUUUAAAAUCUGUUU